CCGAACCGGACUGCGAGGACCGUGAGAGUAGGGGUGGAGCGGACGGGGGUCCUGGGAGCUGGGGAACGGCGGAGCCACAGGCCCUGGGUUCCCCACCCUCCCGGGGCAGCUCAGACCGGACGCUCGGGUCCUCCGGGUCCCUCCCCCAGGGGCGGCGCUAGCGGUUCUGACCAAUGACAGGCCGCCCCGAGGCCCCGCCCCCGACGCCUCACGAAUGCCCAACCGCCGGGAGCCUGGCCUGGGGCUGCGUGAGCGCUGAACCUGCGGCUGGACACCAAGAUGCCUGGCGAACAGCAGACACCGAAGGUGGAGGAGGAGGAGGAAGAGAUGCAAGAGGAGAUGGUGCUGCUGGUGAAGGAUGAGGAGGAUGAGGGUGAGGAGAAGUAUGAGGUGGUGAAACUCAAGAUCCCCGUGGACAACAAGGAGGUGAGGAAACUGAGGCCCAGGAAGCUUGAUAGUUUGGUGACUGGCCAAGGUCCCAGAGUUAGUAAAGAGAUGGCUUAUCCGAGACCAGUGAGAGUGAGGGGUGAGGUCCCGAGGGAGGCGGCAGCGCCUUCUGCAGACCCGGCGCGUACACACGUGUGCCCGGACUGCGGCCGUGCUUUUGCGCGCCGGUCCACGCUGGCCAAGCAUUCGCGCACGCACACGGGUGAACGGCCCUUCGAAUGCCCCGAGUGCGGCCGGGGCUUCUCGCAGAAGUCGGCGCUGACCAAACACGGCCGCACGCACACCGGCGAGCGGCCCUACGAGUGCCCCGAGUGCGGCCAGCGCUUUUCGGCCGCCUCCAACCUGCAGCAACACCGGCGGCGCCAUACGGGCGAGAAGCCCUACGUGUGCACGCAGUGCGGGCGCCGCUUCGCUCAGAGCUCCAACUACGCGCAGCACCUGCGCGUGCACACGGGCGAGAAGCCUUACACUUGCCCCGACUGCGGGCGCGCCUUCGGCGGCAGCUCGUGCCUUGUGCGCCACCGACGCACGCACACCGGGGAGCGGCCGUAUGUUUGCGCCGACUGCGGCACGCGCUUCGCGCAGAGCUCGGCGCUGGCCAAGCACCGGCGCGUGCACACGGGCGAGAAGCCGCACCUCUGUACCGUGUGCGGCCGCUGUUUCCGCCACCGGUCCAACCUGGCAGAUCAUACCCGCACGCACACAGGCGAGCGGCCCUACCCCUGCACCGAGUGCGGCCAGCGCUUCCGCCUCAGCUCAAACUUCGUCCGCCACCGUCGUUCGCAUAUGAUGCGCCGUCUCUAUAUCUGCGCUGUGUGCGGCCGAGACUUCAAGCUGCCCCCUGGCACUAAGGCCACCACUGUCACCGAGCGCUGCCCAGAGUGUGAGAGUAGAUGAGCCCCCUUGUCGCUGCGGCUGCUAGUGUCUGGCUGAGGAGGCGCAUGCCAGGGCCCGACCCCAGGUGCUGGACUAACUGGACAAGGACUCCGGGACCCUGGUCUGGUAAAGGGUGGGAAGGCAGAACUGGCUGCCCGGGACCUUGGAGAUGUAGUUAAUCCUCUACUGCAGUGAUGGCAAACCUAUGACACGCGUGUCAGAGGUGACACGCGAACUCAUUUUUUUGGUUGAUUUUUCUUUGUUAAAUGGCUUUUAAAUAUAUAAAAUAAAUAUCAAAAAUACAGUGGGG